AUGGCCACCUCCGAUCUCAGUCAGGGGCAGCUGGAUGAGAUUUACGCUUUCGCAGUCGACCUUGGUCGCCAGGCAGGCCAGCUUCUACUGAAUCGUGUUGAGAAACGGAUUGCAGGCGAUAGUCAGUCUGUCGAGGAGAAGGACAGUGCGGUAGAUAUCGUGACUCAAACGGAUGAAGGCGAAGAAUCAUACGCAAAAGGCCAAUCGCGCGGCUAUCUCAUCGACGAGCAACCGACCUGGUGUGUCGACCCUCUAGACGGAACCGUCAAUUUCACCCACAUCUUCCCCAUGUUCUGCGUCUCCAUAGGCUUCCUCGUCAACCAUCGUCCCGUCAUCGGCGUCAUCUACGCCCCAUUCCAAGACCAGCUGUUUUCAUCCUGCGUCAACCGCGGCGCAUGGCUAAACGAGAAGAGUCGUCUACCACUCCUGCAGUAUCCGUCUGUGCCUCCUUUACCGGCCAACGCACCGAGCCAAUGUAUUCUCUCCUGCGAAUGGGGCAAAGACCGCCGCGACGUUCCUGACGGCAAUUUACAUCGCAAGAUUGAGAGCUUCGUAAAUCUGGCGGCCGAGGUGGGAAGCCGUGGCGGUAAGGGAGGUAUGGUGCAUGGGGUGCGUAGUCUAGGGAGCGCCACCUUGGAUCUGGCAUACGUUGCUAUGGGGUCGUUUGAUAUCUGGUGGGAGGGGGGUUGUUGGGAAUGGGAUGUCGCGGCUGGAAUUGCCAUUCUGCUGGAAGCAGGCGGGCUAGUCACGACAGCGAAUCCACCCGAAGAUCCUGAUACGGCGCCGAUAGAGGAUGUGCGACUGGGCAGUCGGUUGUAUUUGGCUAUUCGACCGGCGGGCCCGUCCAAGAUAGAGACAGGAAGGCAAUCGCAGGAGAGAACGGUCAGAGAGGUAUGGCGACGCGUGAGAGAGCUAGCAUAUACUCGGCCUGGUGCGUGA